AAGACAGUCUCUGAUGGUGAAACUGAAAAAUCACAACCAACGAGUAACAACACUGUGGUUGAUUCGUCUCUUGGCAGGCCACGUUAUCAAUGGAAUAAACCUGCAACUGGUAAAGACCUUACUUAGAUGUAUAGUAGAUUUUAUUUGGAGGCACAGUUCAGCCUUUUGAAGAAUGGUAUGAGGUGCAUUAGGACACGAUGCAAAUUAAGGUGGCUCCAUACAGUUCCGUAGUAUAAAUCAUCACAAUGUUUUUCUACCAAUCAGAUCAGUUUGUUACAGAUUUUUGCGCUGUGAUUACAGAAAAUUGUACUGUGAUUACAAAAAAUUGCACUGUGAUUACAGAAAAUUGCACUGUGAUUACAGAAAGUUGCACUGCUGUUUGGGAUUAACUGCACUGAAAUCAGCCAAUCACAGUCGAAUAAUAUCUUUAUGUAUAUUAUUAUUCGCGAUAACGCCAAGAAAACAGGUGAUUGUGUGGUUUGGUAUAAGAUAUGUGUGACAUCUGUGAACUUUUUGGCUUUUCUACAUAGUUUUAUAUUCGUUUUCGAAACGUAACUGGCAAUGAUGUAAUCAAACCGUAGGGUAUUGCCUGAAGCUUAUUGAGAUGAAUUGUUGGCAAACCAUAAAGAAGGCUAUUGCAAUAGUCCAACACUUUAAGAAUAUUUCUUGGUCGUUUUUGUUUUGUUGUGAUGUAUAUGCUAAAACAAUUUUUCACCUUGGUGUCGGUGAAUAGUCCUUCUUCCUUCUUUUUCAAUAAAUAGAAAAUCCGCGCAGAUUUACAAGAAUCAAUAACACGUUAGAUUGUUAUACUGGAUUGCUACAGUGCAUGCAUGCUUGUUGGACAUUUGAUAUAAGCCACAUUAUGUUUUAUAUUAUCAGUCCAUUUUAUGAUUUUUCUAGAUGCGGAAUCGUCACGACGUGCUAUCCCAGAUCUGAAGCAACUCUAUUCUGUUUAUGUUGGUCAUCUUCCUAACGAUAUCACUCAGGUAAUAUCGGUGAUCAUGAGCUGUAUACAUAUGCAUGGUCAUUCAUUGAAUUUGACGCCGAGUGCCUAUGAAGUUCCUAAACAGUUUUCAUAACAUUUUCUCCAGCUUUCCCUAGCUAAAUCUAGUUUUCCCGUGGAUCGUAUCGCUGAUACAUCGUAUCCAUAAUAUUGUUCUUUAAAUCAAAGUCAAAAUACGAAAUUUGGGCACACUCCUUGCACCCGCGUCCCAGCCUCGUGUUAA